UUGCAGUCUUGCAAUCCUUCCGUUUCUGCAGAACUCCGAAGAGCCGCGUAGGCUAUUGACUCCUCAAUUUUCCUUCAUGAAGAUAUCUGCAAAAUAAGAGAAAUAAGAUGUGGACCAAGUUGUUCAUUUGUUUUGGCUUGUACAUCGUUGUCUGUAAGGCCAGUGGGCUUCAAGUUUACUAUGGCCAAGCUGGAAAAGACCUUAGACUGAAAUGUCAUGAUCAAAGCAGUGAGUUUACUUGGAAGUAUGAAAGCACUCAAAUUAUCAGUGUUGUUAAGUCUGGACGCCAAACCAAAGGGAUUUCUGAGCUUGCUGAGCGAGCAAAGGUGUUUGGGUCAGCUCUACAAAUCAGUAAUCUAAAGCCUAAGGACUCAGGCACUUUCACAUGCAUAACAACUGACCGCAAAAAACAAAAGUCCUCAAGUCAAAUUACAUUGCAUGUGUUUAAAGUCUCAGUCUCAGUCAGCCCUGCAAGUCCCUUACUGCUGUCCAGUGCAGCAAAGCUCACCUGUCAGGCUGAUGGAUCCCCAGACAAUGUGACAUGGAAGCACAAUAAUCAAGAUAAAACAGCUGAAACAGGAAAAACUGUGGCUCUAGGCAAUGUGGAAGGUUCUCAUGCUGGAAAGUGGCAAUGUCUGGUCUACUAUGGGGAAACACAAUUCGAGGCAUCUCUGGACAUUGAUGUCAUAGGUCUGAAGGAGCACAGCAAUGUGACUGUCAAACAGGGGAAAGAUGCUGUCCUGCCCUGCACUCUCUCCAAAUCUAACUUGGGACCUCUGCGUGUGGUUGGAGGAGGGUGGAAACAGUUAUCCCCUGCUGCUGCUGAUGCCCCCAUACUGCCCUCGCUAGACACCAGUAAUGCUGAAGAGCUCCGCUGGAAUGAUGAUGACAUCGACGCAGCUGAAGUGACCAUCUCUGAGGAUAUACUACACACUGAUUUUGGUAUCAGUCUGAUCAAAGUCCAGCCUUCCCAAUCAGGCCAAUAUCAGUGCUUUGUUGAGUUUAAAGACAGAGGAGCUCUUACCACAACCGUGACUCUUGAAGUGACAGGAGGUGGUGGAGGUGGCUCUGUGAAGAAGCCUGGCAUUCCCAACAACACAGUCUCAGUCUCAGUCAGCCCUGCAAGUCCCUUACUGCUGUCCAGUGCAGCAAAGCUCACCUGUGAUGCUGAUGGAUCCCCAGACAAUGUGACAUGGAAGCACAAAGAUAACACUUUUGAAGGAAAAUCUGUGACUCUAGACAACGUGGAAGGUUCUCAUCGUGGAACAUGGAAAUGUCUGGUUAACUACGGGGAAUCACAAUCAGAGGCAUCUCUGGACAUUGAUGUCAUAGGUCUGAAGGAGCACAGCAAUGUGACUGUCAAACAGGGGAAAGAUGCUGUCCUGCCCUGCGCUCUCUCCAAAUCUAACUUGGGACCUCUGCGUGUGGUUGGAGGAGGGUGGAAACAGUUAUCCCCUGCUGCUGCUGAUGCCCCCCGACUGCCCUCGCUAGACACCAGUAAUGCUGAAGAGCUCCGCUGGAAUACUAGUGACAUAGAUGCAGCCAAAGUGACCAUCUCUAAGGAGAGACUCACCGAUUUUGGUAUCAGGCUGGUCAAAGUCCAGCCUUCCCAAUCAGGCCAGUAUCGGUGCUCUGUUGAGUUUAAAGACAGAGGAGCUCUUACCACAACCGUGACUCUUGAAGUGACAGGAGGUGGUGGAGGUGGAGGUGGCGGUGGCUCUGGGAGGUCAAGCAUAGGAACCCCUAAUCCUCCCACUUGGUUUGGCCUGAACAUGUGGAUCUGGGUGGGAGUGGCAGUAGGGAGUGUGGUCCUCAUUGCGCUCGUAGUCGCUGUGGCUCUCGUCCACCGGAGCAACAAAAGGAGGAAGAUGAGAAUGAGGAAGCUGAGGUCAGUCAGAAAACCUUUGACAGCUAAUGAUUACUGCCAGUGCAACCGACCACCUCGAGCAGUAAACCUAGACAGACCAGUGCGGGUCCCACGACAACAGCGCCCUGAAAACAUUCAAAUGAAUGGCGGUUACAGAGGAAGAGCACACAUUUGAUGGAGCAAAAGGAAAGGAAGAAAUGAAGAAAUUAUCAUCACAUAUCACGUGUGUGUGUGUGUGUGUGUGUGUGUGUGUGUGUGUGUGUGCGUGUGCGUGCGUGCGUGCGUGUGUGUGUGUGUGUGUGUGAGUGAGUGAGUGAGUAUGAGGGACUGAGAGAAGCCAAUGCAGCAUAUCAUUUAUCACAUUUAAUAUUACUAAAAGCUUGAAUGCUUGUAACUGCCAUGAUUUUGUAUUUACUAUUACCAAUAUUGUCUCUGUCAUCUAUAAAUAAAGGAAAUAUAAUAUUUUGACAUGUUUAUGCAGUAGAGAAAUGUUGUAUUAGAAAUAUGGACGAUUUUGAAUGUCAAAUUACAAUCAAAUAUGUUGUAUAUUUUUGAACUAUUAAACUUUGAAAAAUUAUA